AUGCGCACCGCGUUCAUCCUCUCCGGCCUUGGCGCCCUUGCCGCUGCUCAGAGCAGCUCCUCGUCCUUUGACGCCGCUGGCGUUGCCUCAUCUGCGUUGGCUUCGGCGCAGUCCGCGUACUCGGCGGCAUUCUCCUCUGCUACGGCAAUGGCCACCAACAAGGUCACUUCUUUGACCCCAGAGCAGCAGUCCAGCAUCAACAGCGCUGCUCUGUCCGCAGCCACCGCGGCUCAGGUACGUUCCGACGCGUCUGACGCGCUCAGCUGAGAAUGCAAUUACUAACCAUGUCUCCAGGGCAAGGAAUCCUCCAUCAUCGCUCAAGCAGAGUCUUCUGUCGCUCUGGCGCAGUCGACGGCCUCGGCGGCGAUCGCCUCGCUCAGCAGCCAGGCCAAGACGGCCACGGGAGCUGCCAAAACCUCCCUCUCGGCCGAGUACACUUCGGCGACCGCGGCCGCGACUUCGAUCAACGAGGCUGCCAGCUCGCUCUCUGCCUCUGGCUCCUCUGCCAGCACCGCAGCAGCCAGCGCCGCAUCCUCUGCCUCCUCGCGCGCAAGCGGAUCAGCCACCGGUUCUUCCUCUACCUCUUCUGGCAUCGCCGCUGCAACCAACGCUCCCAUGUUCGCCGCUGGUGCUGCUGGUGCUUUCGGUCUUGCCGUUAUUGGUCUGUUGUAA